AUGAAGUCCCUCAUCUGGAUCCUUGCCGGCUCUGCCGCAGCAGUCCCCCUUGUGUCCAACUCAGAAACAAAGGUUAUCAACAUUCCCGCCAUUGAGACCCAACCGCCCCGUGGGAAUGAGCCCGGUGCGGCUCCUCCGCUGGUCAACAGUGCCACGACUGGCGUCACCACCCACGGUGCCUACUCUGGCACCCCUACCACCACCGGUGCUGAGCAGUAUCCUUCCACGCUGGCGGCCACUAUCCCCAUUCAGCCCAACCCAACCGCCACGUACUACAAUCCCAAUGGCAAGUUGACUGAGCCAAUGCCGAUGCCAUACAUGCCCGCCGGCGGCGUGGGAACCAAUGGCACCGUGCCCGUGUACAUGGUGCAGAGCGAUUUUGACUACCAGUCCGUGGCUCUGGGCGUCCACCAGGAAUAUAUCGAGCUGGACCUUUUCCACUAUGGUCUCGAAGUCUUCAGCGAGCAGGACUUUCUCGAUGCUGGUCUCACUGUCGAGGACCGCCGCCUGAUCGAAUACAUGGCCACGCAAGAGGCCGGCCACGCCACCCUCCUGAGCAACAUGCUGGGCGACCAUCUCGACUCUAAGGAGGUCGCGACCCUGGUCGUCGAAGCGGAAGCCAUUGAGGCCCGGCAGCAGUCUAUCUUCCGCCAGCUUCUUGGCCUCCAACCCAUGCCCAUAUGGUUCGCUGCCGGUAUCCCGCAAUCCUGGCACUGGACACUGCUGGCCCAGUACAUUUCGUCCUGCCCGGCGAACAACACUCGGCUGGUCUGGCAGAACUUCCCCAACUUGCAUGUGGUCAACCAAGCCAACCCCAACCGCAUCAACGCCAAUGCUACCGCAGCAUGGGAAGUUGUCGGAAACCGCACUAGUGAUCCAAGCAAUUCGACAAUCCCAGCGGGCCAGUCCUGUGUCCACAACAAUGUCACGGGUUAUAAUUGCGGACCCGCCAUUUCUCGCGACAAGUACGAUCCGCUCACAUUCCCCGGGCGCAAAGUCGAGCUUACCUGGGAUGAGCCAGGUCGUGCCGUUGGGCCGAACAACAGCUACGUCACUUCCACGACAGCGGGCAAGCCCUCGUUCGUGGCUUGGUUGUCGCAGCUGAACUUGAUCUAUACCGAGCUGAAGGUAACAGGACAGAAUAAGGGAUAUACCUAUCAGCCGGCCAGUGAGGUCUUUGAGACAGACCCAGCCUUGAACGGCACGGCUUUUAUUGCGCUCACGGACACAGAUAUGUUUGUGACACCGUACAACCUGACCAUACUGAAUCCUCAUAUCCGUGCUUUGGGACUGUACCAGGCGGGUUGA